AUGAAGUUAUGCACUUUUGUCGCACUUGCUGCCACAGCAGCUGCUCAACAAAUCUGGAUUCAGGCCCCUGGCCUCAACCAAGAAGUUACAGCUGGCAGUGAUCUUGUCAUUGAAGUUCAAUCACAGGAUACUGCUAGUCCAUACCAAGAUAUCGCGGCUGCCAUUGGCAUUCAGCCUUGGGACACCGGUUACGUUUCCACUUUAGAGCUGGGAGAAUGGCUUCUCUAUCAAGGCAACUGGAGUAUUGAAGGAUUUGCCUACCCUCAGGGUGGACUAUACACCAAUGUCACAGUCAGAGUACCAUCAAGCCUCCCUGCAGGACCUGCUCUUCUUAGCGUGGCUUUGUUCCAGGUUGUCGGGGAAUCAAAUGAGCCAUCCGUGCAAACAGCCAAUGUCAAUGUCACCGUCCUCAGCAGUUCCUAG